CUGGAAAUGCCGCACAUCAGAUAAGGUGACAGUUCCUUUUUCCGACUUCCUCUCUUUAGCAUCAGGUAAGGAGGAAAACGGACGGCGGACGGGCAAAAAAAAUGGACUCUGCUCUCUCUUCUUCUUCUUCCUUUCAUGCUCCGCCACGUCUUGGUCCCUCUGGCAUGAAUCUACUACAAACCCAUUACUCCAGCUCUUUCUUCUUCAACCCCAUCCCCAACAGAAAUCCCAUCUCCACAGCCAAUAGGCCCUCUUUGCUUUCAACUCAACAGCCAUCAAGAAAGUUGCUUUGCAUACCACCUGCUGGCAAGUAUGUCAGAGAGGAUUAUCUUGUGAAAAAACUGUCUGCUAAAGAAGUCCAAGAUCUGGUGAAGGGGGAGAGAAAUGUACCACUAAUAAUCGAUUUCUACGCAACAUGGUGCGGUCCCUGUAUUUUGAUGGCUCAAGAACUUGAAAUGGUAUGGAUAGUAAUUAGAUUCAGCUUAUAUGUUAGCACAAUGCCACUUCUUUUCUUUUUUUUUUUUUAA